CAGUUCCGAAGACCCAAGAGGAAGGUAAACCUGCUGAAGCGGGCAGGUGGCUGGCGGUCCGGCCCGUGAAGGAGCUGCCGGGAGCUCGUGCCCUGCAGAAAGAUGCACGGCCACCAACACGCACUCACUUGCGUCUUUGCAUCCUAGGACAUGACACAAGUGGCACAUCCUGGCCAUGGGGUCCCAGCAGUCCGCUUAUGCUCACCCCCCUUCUUGCAAGCGGAAGAAGGCAGAUGACAGGGAGGAUUUGCUGGCUGAACGGGAGCAGGAAGAAGCCAUUGCUCAGUUCCCAUAUGUGGAGUUCACAGGGCGAGAUAGCAUCACCUGUCUCACGUGCCAGGGGACAGGCUACAUUCCAACAGAGCAAGUAAAUGAGUUGGUGGCUUUGAUCCCACACAGUGAUCAGAGAUUGCGUCCUCAGAGAACGAAGCAGUAUGUCCUCCUGUCUGUUCUGCUCUGUCUCCUGGCAUCUGGUUUGGUGGUUUUCUUCCUGUUUCCACAUUCGGUCCUCGUGGAUGAUGACGGCAUCAAAGUGGUGAAAGUCACGUUUAAUGAGCAGGACUCCCUUGUAAUCCUCGCCAUCACGGCCACCCUGAAAAUCAGGAACUCCAACUUCUACUCUGUGGCGGUGACCAGCCUGUCCAGCCAGGUUCAGUACAUGAACACCGUGGUUGGGUCAUAUGUGACAACUAACAUCUCCCUCAUUCCACCUCGGAGCGAGCAUCUGGUGAAUUUUACCGUGAAGGCUGAGAUGGGAGGACCAUUUUCCUAUGUGUACUUCUUCUGCAGGUUACCCGAUAUCCUGGUGCACAGCACAGUGGUCUUCAUGCGAACUUCAGUGAAGAUUUCCUACAUUGGCCACAUGACCCAGAGCUCCCUGGAGACACAUCACUAUGUGGAUUGUGGAGCAAAUUCCACAGCUGUUUAGAAACUGCUCGUGGUCCUUCCAUGGCAGCACCUGUCAGAAGAGACACAGCAUCUGUUUCCGGGGCCUGAGCCCUGUACCUACCCCAGGGGGUAGAACCAGAGGAGAAAUUGGUUCUCUCAGUCCCCAGCAGACGUUCCUCCUGCCACUAGGGAGGAAAACUCCUCUCUGUAGCGCCAUUUACUUUUCUCAGAACCAGCAGGAUCACUGCCUAGUGCCUAGCCUAUGCACAGCAAAUAGUAGGCACUCAAAGAAGGUUUGAAGAGUUUAACUGAGAUCUUUUCAACUGUUCUUGGGCCAUUAUCAGUUAAAAUCAUGCCAUGGUUCUAGGGUAUCAGACGAUAGAGUGAUCCGGAAAUAAGACGGUCGGUGCGGUUGCAGAACUAUUUUCGGGGCCUCAUCACAGAAGAGGCAGCAGGGAGGGAGCAUUUGGAUACAUUAAAGAAGAAAGCACAGACUAUUCAAUGUGUGAAAUUUAUUCAUCUGCUUCCAAAUGCCUAGGAACUUUAUUAAAGAAAAAAAAAUAACUUUUUUUUUCCUGUAGAAAGUUAAAACUGUUUUUACCAAGAGUCUGUAGGAUCUGAUUUACCCUUCAUCCAUUGGCUGGAACAUGGAUUGGAGAAUUUGGUAGAAAAGUAAACCCUGCUUUUGAUUCA